GAUAAUUCGUAAUACUAUUUCAUAAAAUGUUUGACAAAAAAGACAUUUGGAAUAGUCGGUACUAUAUUAUUCCUAAGUUGUACAUGACUAUAUCGGGAAUAUGGCCAUAUGACGGGCUGCGCCACAGAUGUAUGUGCUUCGUGCCAAUGUUUACGUUCUGCUUUAGUAUUAUGAUACCUCAGUUAAUGUACGUAUUAACUGCAACGGAUCUCAAUGACAUUUUCGAGAGUGUGCCAGCUGUACUGAUUAGCAUAACAUUCAGCUGUAAGAUAGCGGGCAUGAUGUUGAGCAGCAAACAUAUCAAAUCUUGCCUUAAAAUGAUAAAAGAUGAUUGGCUAUCAUUAAAUACAGAUGUGGAAAGAACUAUUCUUGCUCGCCACUGCGAAUAUGGACGAUCUCUAACAACAUUUUACGUAGUUUUUAUGCAUAUGACAGCAUUCUUUUAUUUGCUCAAACCAAUCGUUCUGACGUUAUUAGAGGACAAUACCACGAACGCAACAAACUCGACCAUAUCGGGAUUAUCAAAAUUACCAUUUCAAGUCGAGUAUGGCGAGAAAUUAGAUCAAUAUUUUUAUCCUAUAACGAUUCAUUGUUAUCUAGGCGUGUUCGCUCACGUAUUUAGUACGCUCGCAGUUGACACCUUAUAUUAUACUUUAAUCCAGCAUGUCUGCGGAAUGUUUUCAAUUGUUGGAUAUAUGUUAGAGGAUAUCGGAAAAAAUAGUGACGCUAAUUUUCAUAUGGAACUAGACAAAAUGGAAGAUGUUAAUUAUCAUAAAGCGUUUAACUGUUUGCGUAGGCAUCUUCACGCAAUACAAUUCGCGGAAUUAAUCGAAUCUACGUUUACAAAUAUCUUCCUGGUUAGCAUUAGUUUAAAUAUGAUUUGUGGCAGUAUAUGUGGUAUACAAGUAGUAAUGAAUUUAAGCAAUGCGAGAGAUAUUGCAGCACCUCUUGCAAUCUACAUUGCCCAACUCACUCAUCUUUUUCUACAAUUUUGGCAAGCUCAAUUUUUGUUAGAUUAUAGUAUUGUUCCAUAUGAAUCGAUUUGUAGAGGAAAGUGGUAUUAUACUUCGGGAAGAUGUCGCAAGAUAUUUCUUUUAAUCAUGAACAGAACUAUUUCACCUUGCAAAUUAACUGCUGGAAAAAUUGUGACUUUAUCAAUUGAAAGUUUUGGUACGGUUCUAAAAACAUCGAUGUCUUAUUUCACGAUGUUACGUUCUUUCCAAUAAUAAUAC